AUGUGUACUUGCUUUUUUUUUACAUUUCUGUUUUAUUUUCUGUCGUAGCACAUCAAGCUGAAAUUAAAUAAGUGCAAGCUUUUUGUUUUGAAUUUAUUAGGUGUUUCUGUACUGGGAUCUUAAGAUCAAAGCUGUAAUGCUUUUGUCCAGAGAGCUUGAAACAGUCACGUGGUUUUCAGCUGACUGAGACGUCGAGCGUGAUAGAUCACGUGAUCAUGGCUUCGAAUCUUCGGCGUCGAAUGUAAACAUCAAUUCUUUUGAAUCUUUUCAAAGCGCAUUCCGAUCACCGAACAGACGCAACGGAGUCGUUCCCGAACGUCUGCGAUGUUGGUCAAUGGAGUGUAGAUACGGAGGAGCACAGCAAGGGUGUAAGGAGGCGUUUGAGACAGGCCCUUAGUUUAAGUGCUGGAAAACAUUCACCUCCUCCCUUCAUGUGAAGAAGACACGUCUCAAGCAGGAGGAAUUACUUCAGCUGAGUUCCUAAUGACAAAGAUGGAGUUUAUUAAAGAGGAGAAUGAAAACAUGUGUGAUCCAGAACCAUGCAGAAUUAAACAAGAAGAUACUGAGGAACAAAUAGACCUGAUGGAAGCGAAUGAAGUGGAGGAUAAACAUCAUCAGCAUCACUUCACAACUGGAGACAAAUCAGGAGGCAAAAAUUAUUUCAUCUGCCCGCAGUGUGGAAAGAGUUUCCCACAUAAAGGAGACCUUAAUAAACACUUACGAAUCCACACGGGAGAGAGACCGUUCACAUGCAUCCAGUGUGAAAAGAGCUUCACGCAGAAAGCAAACCUGAACAGACACCUGCGCGUUCACUCUGGAGAAAGACCGUUCACGUGUCCUCAAUGCGGACGGAGCUUCACGUCCACCAGCAUCCUUAAACACCACCUGCGCUCUCACUCCGGAGUGAAGUCGUUCAGCUGCGAUCAGUGCGAUAAGAAUUUUAUUUUAGCCAAACUGCUAAAAAGACACCUGAAGAUGCACGCAAACCAAAAGCCGCACUUGUGCUCUUUCUGCGGGAAGAGUUUUUCGCAAUUGGACUAUUUUAACGAGCACCAGAAAAUGCAUAUCGGUGGUAGGCCGCAUAAAUGCUCUGAGUGCGGAAAUGCCUUUAAUACGGCCGAUUCCUUGAGACGACACCAGAGGAUUCACACCGGAGAGAAACCGUACAUUUGCUCACAUUGUGGAAAGGGCUUCAUUCAGUCGGGACAUUUGAGAGCACAUGAGAGACUGCAUACGGGAGAGAAGCCGUACCAGUGCUCUUCAUGUGAGAGGAGCUUCACACACUCAAGUAAACUACUGACUCAUGUGAGAAAACGUUGCCCGAAGAUGUAGAUGAGUUUGUUUCUUCAUCAGAUUUGGAGAAAUGUAGCAUUGCAUCACUUGCUCACCGAUGGAUCUUGAAUGGGUGCCAUCAGAAUGAGUCCAAACAGCUGAUAAAAACAUCACGAUAAUCCACAAUUAAUCCAUACCACUCCAGGCCUUCAAUUAAUGUCUUGUCAAGCCAAAAGCUGCAUGUAUAUAAAAAAAAAAAAAAUCCAUCAAGAUG